CAAUGAACGUGACCGAAUGACCAAAUGAUUAAGUGUAAAUAUUUUAAGAUAAUAAACAUUACUCAUAAGUAUUUUUUCCUCUUUGGUGAUCUUUCAAGUGAUUACGGAUUUAUGUGUUCAGUGGACACAGUAUUCCUCUUCCUUGUUUACUGCAGGCAUGUGUAAGCGCAAUCUGGAGACGGCAAGCAAUUCAACAGACUGUUGUUACAAUCAUUAUUUUAAUGGAUCAGCGUGUAUUGCGUGUCCUCAUGGCUAUUUUGGACACAACUGUGACAAGAAAUGCACGACUGGUUACUUUGGUUACAUUUGUAGCAAUAAGUGCAACUGCUCAGCUGAAUUCUGUAAUCAUGAGACCGGAUGUCCGCCAGGGGAUAACGAAUCUACACAAACUGUGAUUAAAACUUCAGAAGACCUCGGCGAGGUAACCAAUGUUCACCACACUACAACAACUGAAUCUGAAAUCACCUCCAGAUUUCAAGAUGAGUUUUUGAAUCAGACGACAAAAUUAGACAUCCGCUUUACGUCAGUGACGGUGGGUCAAAAGACCCAAAGAACAAAAUCCCUGAGUGUAACAUCCAGAUCAACAGAAUCUACAUCUAGAUCAGAGAAUCCAAAACCAGCUAUGACAGAGUUUCCACUCAAUAGUAGUUUCACUAUCAUCAUAGGAAUUGGGGGACUUAUAGCUUUAUUUCUGGCUGUUAUAAUGAUUCAGUUCUGUAUUAAACUUUAUCAGGGUCGUCAGAAGAAACUAAGAAGGAUAUCUAGGAAUAUUUCACCAGUAAAAGAAGAGGUAAAAGAAGAGGAAACCUACCAAGAGAUUAACGAAGCCAUUCUGAUUAAAAAUGAUAGGUUAAACAGUGACGGAAAAGACAACAAACAAUUUGAAAAGUACUAUGAACUUAAAAAUACAAAAUUUGUUAAAGAAUUGCCGUAUCAAAGAAUAAGAAGCAAGGAUGCAAAAUGUCAAGAAAUGGCAAAGAAAUCUGAAAAGGAAAAUAUCGAUCUUCUUUCAACAAGCAUUGGUUCAGAAGAAGACAGUCAAACUUCCUAUAUAAACCCAAAAACCCAAACAGUGCAUCGUCACAGUUAUAUAGACGUAUUAGACUCUGGUAUUACAACAGAGGACAUGGAUGCUGCUAGUAUAAAGGAAGACAAUAGCAUCGAAGGGGACUCAUGUUCUCAAUAUAUUGAUCCAAUUCAUCAUGUGAUUCCUGAAAAUGAUAAAGAUGCAUAUUCUGGUGGAUAUUUAGAUGUAACAAGUAAUUUAUGUUCAGAAUCUUCUUAUAUUCAUCCCAUUUCAAUGUAGCUGAUAAUAUACAAAAACAAUAACAGUUAUACGACAUUGUUAAUUUUGU